AUGUUAGUUAGUAUACCAGAUAUAUCAUAUAAACAAAGACAAGAAAUUAUUCUUAAAAAUAUUGAAAAAUAUAAUAACAAUUGGUCAUCAAAAUCAACAAAAAAACAAUUUAAAAUUGGUGAUACAGGAUUUAAAGUAUAUUUAAAGUAG